CUGGCUCGUUCUGCUUCUCUCGGUUCAAGUUGGCUCUCUGCACUUUUACUCUCUUUGUGCUUUGCAUGCACACACAUGUUGGAGUUGGUUCUGUUUGACCCCGACUCCCAUUCUCUCGCUCUCUCUAUCUCUGCAGCCCGCUUAUACCGGCGAUGAGUAAUAAGCGGCUUCUACUCGGUUCUCUUUGAAUGCAAAUGAAGUUUUGUAAUGCCAGCAAUCGGCGAUCCGUCUGGCCUGCCUUAUCAGUUAGCACCCCCCAAGUGAUUUACAUGUUUGGCCCCAUUGCAUCAUAUGCCUUGUGUACUUAAGGCAAUUAUAGCAAUGAUCGUGACCGGGCAAAAUGAAUUGCGUACACAUGUUGAAAUCACUUUCACUCUUACUUGAGGCAAUUGGCCAGCUGGAUGUUCCAUUGCAAUCACAAUCAUUUGUUAUUCAGUCAAAGAUGCUGUCACUACCGGUGUUCCUGCCUCUGCUCCUUCAAUUGUUGCCCGUUUACUGUUACUAUUACGAGUACCGUUACUGGGAGCUGAAUGAACCGCCGCCUAUAUGCUCAGAGUACGAAAUGUUGAUUGUGAACACGCAUCAAUGUGUGCGCCGUUGCAACAUUGUGUGUCAACGGGGUGUUUGCUUUGAGGAUGGACCGUGUCCUUGCGCGGAUCAGUAUCAAAGCGCGCAUAGGAAUAGUCUAGUAUGUGCCGCCGAGUGCGUGCCCGGCUGCCAGCAGGCAGGUGGUCACUGUGCCGGUCCAGAGCUCUGCAUUUGCCCCAAGAGCAAACACUACUACUACGAUGCAGUGGCUCGACGCUGUCGUCGACGGGGACCCCGCCUUUUGGACCUGUGCGGCGGCCGCUGCAUCCAUGGCCGCUGCUCGUAUGAUGGCAGCUGCAUCUGCGCGGAGGGCUACGAAAUGCGCAGUACGCUGCUUCAUGGCUCCCAAUGUAUGCCAAUCUGUGAUCACGAGUGCGGCCCGAGAGCCUAUUGCUAUGAACCCAACAUAUGCGCCUGUCGGCAUAAGCAUUAUCACUAUGCCUGGAAUGGAAGAUGUACCAAAGACUACUAA